GUUAAAUGACACUGCCAGCCAGCUCACCCACAGUCAACCUUUUUUUAAACAUAGUCUAGUAGCGAGCUAGCAAACGUAAACAGUUUGUGGCCGACAAGGAAAGAUAAUUAAACAUUGAAAAUUAAUUGAUUUACUUGUACAGAGAUUAGCUAGCUCGACUGAAUAGUAGAGGGGCGCUGCCAAUCAACAGAACAAGGUCGUAUUUUAACCGAGUUAGGAAGGCAGCGAGGGGAUGUCGAGACGAGAGGGUUAGCUAGCUAGGGUUAGCUAGCUGGCUAGCUGGCCAGGUUGGCUUGUAUUGAAUAUCAAAGGAUGUGUUAACACUGCCUUAGCUAGUGUUCCAUCUCCAGAAUGGUUUUAGAGAUCAAACUGGAGGUCGCUUUCUUGUUUGCAAUCUAGUGCAAGGCUAGGUAGGACUACUACAGUAAGUUAGUGGAUUGUUGGAAUCAUGAUGAAGAAUUGUGAGUACCAGCAAAUUGACCCACGGGCUCUCGUUUCAACACCUUCAUCAACGCUACCGUCCACGGACAAACAUGGGCACAGGCUUCGAAGGAAAUGGGAAGUAUUUCCAGGCAAGAAUCGAUUUUAUUGCGACGGACGGAUCAUUCUCGCCAAACAAAUUGGGGUCCUACCAUUGACACUCUGCCUUAUCGUAGUGACCAGUGGCCUUUUCUUUGCGUUCGACUGUCCGUUCCUGGUGACCCACCUGACUAUGUUCAUACCUGUGAUUGGAGGAGUAUUAUUUGUGUUUGUGAUCGUCUCACUGCUCCAGACGAGCUUUACGGACCCGGGCAUCCUGCCCCGGGCCAGGCCGGACGAGGCAGCCGACAUUGAGAAGCAGAUAGACACCAGGGGUUCCUCCACGUACCGCCCCCCUCCGCGUACCAAGGAAAUCCUGAUUAACCAGCAGGUUGUUAAGCUGAAGUACUGCUUUACCUGCAAGAUGUUCCGCCCGCCACGGACCUCACACUGCAGCCUGUGCGACAACUGCGUUGAGCGGUUCGAUCACCACUGCCCCUGGGUGGGGAACUGCGUCGGCAGACGCAACUACCGCUUCUUCUACAGUUUCAUCAUCUCUCUCUCUUUCCUCACCUCCUUCAUCUUCGGCUGUGUCGUCACGCACCUCACCCUACGCUCCCAGGAAGGCAAGGGCCUCGUCGCCGCAAUCCAGGAGAGUCCUUCCAGCGUGGUGGAGCUGGUCAUCUGUUUCUUCUCCAUCUGGUCUGUUCUGGGCCUCUCGGGCUUCCAUACCUACCUAGUGGCCUCCAACCUCACCACCAACGAAGACAUCAAAGGCUCCUGGGCCAGUAAGAGUGACCCAGAGGAGACGGGGAAUCCUUACACUUACAACAGCAUGGUGACAAACUGCUGUGUCACCCUGUGUGGGCCACUUCCUCCCAGCCUGAUCGAUCGGCGAGGCUUCGUGCCCCCGGACGAGGAGCCGCCGGCGGGCCCCCCGGACGCCGAGCCCCCCCCCUUCAUGGCCAAGAACGACACAAACAUGUGUACUCAGAGAACCAAGGAACUCCUGGGGAGAGUGCCUCAUGCCUUCUAUCUCCAGGGGCUGUGUCCCCAGGGCUCCCCCAAGACCAGUCCCCUGGGCCAGGCUGCGUCCAGCUCCCCUGCCCCCUCUUCCAGGCUGCCCUCGACCGGGUGCUCCAGCCGGCAGGGCCGCCGGCCCGUGGACUUCCUCUGCCCUCCACUAGGUGGCGGCAGCAGCGGCAGCAGGAGAGCCUCCCUGCUCUCCCUGAACCCGGCCUUCAGGCUGGCCAGGCCAUCGCCGUCUCUCAGCCGCACCACCCUCAUCCUGGUGGACACGCCCGACCCCGGCUUCCUCUCGCUGCACUGAGCAUGCUCCGUGCCCACAGUGAGGCGGGGCCAGAGACCUCUGCCCUCGGCCGAUUGGAGCGUUAGGCAACACGGGCCCAAACCUAAUAAGGGGCCUCUGUCGGAAAAAAACAGUAACUCUGUUUCGCUUUAGCUUUGUGUUUGAAACUCAGGACUUCCAAACCAGUUUGUCCUCUGGUGAUGUCAUCCUUUCCCUUUUGUGAAUGACGUGAACUGGUCAUGACGAGAGCUUAGUAAGACUGACAAAGCACAAUGAAUAUUUCGUAAGACCGGACAUUUUUGUAAACGCAAACGUUUUGUUCCAUGAAGCCUCAAGCCAAACGUUCUUUCGCGGGUGUUCCAGGAUCGUAACUCACACAGGAAGCAGUAUCCUCUGCCUUUAUGUACAGUCUUCAGUCCUGUUACCUCUUAUGCAAACCAUCAAUACACAGACUCAAGGCAUAGGUUUGGUUUGAACAUUAGUGUUCGCCCCAUAGACUAACACGAUCCCUCCUCUGAAGCUGACAAUUGGUGUUAAAGUUUUAGCGGUCUCUUGAUAUGGUAAAGUACAAGUUUCAGGUGUAGUGCCAUUUUUUAUUUAUACAUACAAGUACAUGUCUGUACAAUCCGCCCCUAAACCUACCCCUAUGCACAGACUCAGUCAAGACAAGGCCGGAUUAACCCUUUAGGGCAACUGGGCUCUCGCCCAGGGGCAAAUGACAUCCAAGGGGCCCUGGACAACGUCAACUAACAUGUUAUGAACGCAGUCUUUACUUUCCUCCACGUGAGCACUUAAUUGCAAAUCGUUCGAUCGAAAUAUGAUGUUAAAUCACGUCCAAAACGGUGUUUGUGUCGUCUAGUAGCUGCCUGCACAAAUGCCGCUUGCGGCUUGCCAGCUCGACGGCACGGACACUGCGAGCCGGAGUCACGUGACUUGAAGCGCUGUGGAUGGAGGAGAACGUAAUAGUAUAGAAGUGUAGGCUGUAUGAUUCUUUUUUGCCCAGGGCACAGAAAAUUUAUAAUCCGGGCCUGAGUCGGGAGGCAGCCUGUUGUGGAUGGAUGUGUUCAGCAGGAACCAGACCAGUAUCAUGGGGACCUUCAUGUGGAUGUGUGGUGACUUGUCACAGCUGCAGGCAUUGCCACGCAUGUUCAGCCAACAGCAGUUGGCAUGAAUGCAGAAAGCAGGCCAAACCCACUUUGAUGGUUGGGACGACGAGUGUCCUUAGAGGAGUACUGCCUGUCAAGGCUGCUGUUCAUCUGGAGAUUUUUGCCGUCAAUCCUUUUUCGUUAGGAACAGAACCAAGUUUCAAAAUGUAUUAAAACCUUUUUUAUUUUUUAUUUUGUAUCUGUAUUUGUUGAGUCUCAUAUUAUGUGAGGGAGAAUGUAGGAAUGUGUGUUGAAAAUAUAGGUUUUUACCAUCUUUGUGUAAUGAUAUUCAGGUACUUGGUUUCUGAUGGAACAGGCAAUGUUACGUACUGCCUGAGCUGUGAUCUGUAUAGCACAACACACUACAUGAAGAGUUCAGUCAUGGCAUUUCAACUCUUUAGUAGGUUUUUAUAUUCAGUAUUCACGUGUGUUGGUACUACAACUUGAGUCCAAAACAUAUUCACCACUGCCUACAUAGUUAUACCACAGACCAGUAUAAUACACAUGAACUAAUAUCAGUUUAUUUUACUCUUUCUUUCUCUUUACUCGUUACAACAGAGUAAAUGUUACUGGUAUAGCAUUAUUAGUAUUUCAAGUAAAGUUCUAGAAAUGUAAGGUGAUGCAACUUGCAGGCAGGGCAAGUUGUCAUAAACCCUUGAAGUGACCUUUGCCUGUUUUAGUGGCAUGAAAUCCAAUCCCCUAGUCGUUUAUCAAGGGCUUCUUGUCUUUCACGUAGAGUUGAGGUACCUCAACAAGUCACCAGGGGGUGAACUCUGCUAUAGAAAAAACACUUGAGUUACAGUCAGAUGCAGGGCAAAGUUGUGGUGUGGGUCCUAAUGCCUAUUUUUUUUUAUAGAACUUCUAUAAUUAACUAUAUAUGUUGUGAGUGGAAUAGAACAAGACCAAUGUGUGACGGAUAACUGUUCUGUGGAUGUUCUACACAUCACCUUCUGAAAUCCAACUGGUUGGCCUUCAAGUGUUAUCUGGGAAUUUCAAGCUGUGCUUGUAUGUUGUUUGUGUUUUUCUAUUUUCUAUUUUAUUUCACGAUCAACAGGGGUGACCUGAAUCGAUGCUCAAUAAAACACUGUUGCUUUGA